AUGCAACGACAUAAUCAGCUACUUAAUACAAUAGCCGACAUUUUGGAUGAAAUAAUUAAACAGACUGAUACUCUAGAAAUAGAGUAAGAUUAAAUAUCUUAUUUCCAUGCAACAAAAGCACCAUCAAUAACAUUAUACAAUUACUUAUAAAGAAUAUCAAAAUACACCCAUUGUAGUGAAGAAUGCUUUGUUAUCGCUUUAAUCUAUUUGGACAGGUUGUAAGAAAAACAUCCUUACUUUGUACUGAAUUCAAAAUGCAUACAUAGGUAUCCUUUUUAAUUUAUCAGAUUUCUCUUGAUUUCUAUUGUGAUCGCUAUAAAGUUCUAAGAUGAUGAUUAUUAUAAAAAUGAAUAUUAUGCAAAAGUAGGAGGAAUUAGCACAAAAGAGAUUUUUGUUCUUGAAUUAGCAUUUUUAGAAUUAAUGGAUCAUUAAUUGUUCAUUUCGGAUCAUGACUAUAUGAUGUACGAAAAGAAAUUACUGGAGUAUGGAGAGAUAGAAAUGCCUUGA